ACAUACAUAAAUACAAUCCAUAUUUAGUUGUAUUUGAGCAAAGUUUAAUAAUAAUGAUGAUGAACACUUCACUGAACUUGAGUUUUUUUUUUUUUGGUCACUAUGUACCUUACCUUAACAUCGAAAAAAAUCGUAUUGUAUUGAGGGGAGUAGAUAAAAUUGUAACGAAAAUAGACAUCUAUUAGAUGCGAAAAACAAAAACAUAAAAACAAGAAAAACAAAUUGUAUUGUUGCUGCCGAUGUUGCUAAUUUCUUUACGUACAUAUUUCUUAUAUUUCAAUUGUUGAAACUUUGUAUAAAUACGUACUCAACUAAACAAAGUACUUUGCACGCAGUGAUUUGUUUAUAAUUAUUAUAAUUUUUUUGUUAUUAACAAAUACUUAAUAUAAAAAUAACUAAAAAGUAUCUAUUCUACAAAAAUGUAGCAUUUCAAGUAACAGUGGGUGCCAAAAAAGGCUAAUAACAAAGAUAAGGAGAAAUGUUACUACCUUUACACACAUUUAUGUACAUGAAUCCAGUCCUCAUAGCUGGUCCUUAUUAAUUAGUUUAUAUCAUUAUACAUAUAUUGUAUUUAAAAGUAAUUUCUUUCAAUGAUACACAAACUUUAUGGUCCUAUAUGUUCUAAAAAUCUAAAAAAUACUGGCCAUUCAUGACGUACAAGAACGAAAUUUUACAGAAACACUUUAUAAGUCGUACAUAUCAUACUAAAUGUAAACUGUUGUACCAAUUUUAUUCCUUAGCUCUUGAUAGUUUAAUUUUUUACAAUUUAUAGAAAUAAAAUCCAGAGUCGAUCUUAAUCAUCGGAUUCAACGAAAAGUUCAAUAAAAUGUUGAGUGUUGUAAGACGCUAUUAAAAAUGUUUCGUCUUAUUAUGAAUGCCCUUCAUUUAAUAAUUUUAUAAAUACACAUCCAUACAUACAUAAUUAUUCAGUGAUGUUGAUAAUUAAUAUCGAAAACGAGAAUAGAAAUACAAUUUCUUAAUCAUAUGCAUUCAAAUUUAAAUACAUACUAAUAAUUACAUACAAUAAAAUAAAUCCAUUCAAAGCGGAUCUUGUUUAUUCCUCUAUUUUUAUUUCGAUUAAUGACCUGUACAAAAAAAUACGUAGUAGAAAACCAACAUCGAACGAAUUAAAGAUAUACUUACCGGUAUCGACAUGCCAAUAUCAUCAACAAGGCGCUAAUCAAAGGAAACAAUACCUGCUGUAUCUACUGUCAAUAGAUAGUACCUACUACUAUUUAGAGAUAGCGGACAAAAAAAGGCGACACUACAGCCAGCAAGGAGCAAUAACGAAAGAAACAUUUACUACAUACAUAUAUUUCUUAGAACAAUGAUCAUAAUUCUUAAGAAUUAUAUUGUAUGUUUAACUACUAUUUAAUUAUGUAUGGCAGACAUAAAGGCGUCUUUUUUACCUUAAAAGCAAGUACUUUUGAGCGAGAUAGCGCAGCGACAACACGUUAUGGACACUUUAAAGAACAACAACAAUAAUAACAACAAUAAUAAUUUCGAACCCGAAACAAUGCAGCGAGGAGAAGAGGAUUUAAUACGUACUGCCUUUGAAUAUUCAUUUCCCACCAAUGACGACGAUGACACCGAAAGUAAUAAAAGUACACCGUAUUUUACACCGAUGGAGUUUUUACAAAGUCCAUUUGAAUUUCCGACACCACGGCUAGCGGACAUAGAAAAAAUACAUAGUAGCUGUACGUCAACGUCUACCAUAACAACAGCAACGGCGACAACAUUAACAACAACGACCACUUCUUGCGUUGCUCAACCGACGAAUAUCGAGUUGGAAAAUUUGCCAAUAAUGAUGCAAUCAAAAGAGUUGGACAUUGAUAAUCAGAGCCCGAGAAUCUUGCAGUCAAGCUCCAAAUCGCUAAUCAAGCAUUUAGAACCGUCGUCACCAAAUGUUCAAAGAAAAUUUCGAAGAUUCUCGUUGUACGAGCGCAGAUCUUGCUCGCCUCAACAUUUAAUUAUAAAAAAUGCGUCGUCUGUCGAAUGUACUGUGGAUACAGAUAAGGAAAAUACAAAGCCAAAAUUCAAAAUGGACAAAAACGAUGAAACAAACAGCGGAAAUAAUUCUCCAAGUAUGAUUUUAGAUGAAACCGGCUCACCCAGAAUACUGACGUCGUCAGAAGCGGCCAUGUUAUCAUCGGGACGUCUAACUUACUCGCCUAAAUUACUAACAUCCAUAAAUAAUUUACAUUUGGCUUCACCUUUGGGUGUUAUUAGUUCGGCUGGCUAUAAAAAUGGCAACUACUUCAAGUUUCCAGAAAUUGAUCAUGUCGUACAGGACGUUCAAAUGCACCAGGGCACAUCGACAAUUCUCGAUGAUAAUGGAUCAUCUAACAAAGACAAUCAACUGUUAAAACGCCUUGUUACGAAGAAUAUACCAUCAUCGUCGACGGAGACUGGAAACACAGAGGCGGAUGCAAAAACAAUGCUCGUCAGGGAAUUAAAUUCCACAACUGCAACAAGUGCAAUUCUACCUAAAACCGAAACCAAAAGAAAUCGUAAAAAUAAAAAUAAUUUAACUAUUAAAAUCAUAAAUAAUAACUCAUCAUCGUCAUCUGUAGCGGGCCAAGCUCUACAACACUACAAUGCCAACAAUGCGCGAGAUAAAUUGCCUAGCUCUCCCUCUUUGAAUAAACCGAAAACUCCAACAAUUAAAUCUACCAAAGAAAAGGCCUUGUCAUUAGAUUCGGCACCAAUUGCGAAAGACUGCGUGAAAGCGACUCUGUUAAAGCCAGAGCUAAAUUUAAGCUGCGAUGAGAUCGAUUCGAAUUUGCAUGAAAAUAAACCUUUAUUUCAGCCCCACGAUCGUUUGCGACCAAAUGUGCCAAAUACCAGGUCGACUUCGUUGUCACAACUAGCGGCACACAACAGCAAGUUGAAUAAGACUGCAAUUAGAAGACGAAUACCGACCUCCACUAGUGUGGACUGGCAGCUGCACCAAAGAAAGCACACCUCGUUUAAUAUACCCGAUAUUACUAAAAAGAUGUGUGAAAAUCGUGAUGACAAAUCGGUGGUGAUAUUAAAGGAAGACGAGGUGUUAACCGAUCCGCAAUCGAGUUAUUCGUCUUUACAAACUCCUAGCUCGGGUAAUUGUGCCUCAACACCAUCUUCGGGUCAUAGGACGCCUUUUAAGCACAAUCCCCUGUUGCAUAACUCCAAUACGAACUUGAAAACAUUACCCGAAUUUCUAACUUUAGUAGAGUUCUCAACCCCAACUGCGGGUCAAGUUGAUCAUCCGUUUAAACAAAAAUCAAUGGAUUUACCAAGUUCAACAGCGGCCAAUGCUCCAGCGAAGGCGGCCAAUCCGUCAUCAUCCACAAAUUUGUUGCAGCGCAGAGGCUCCAACCACAGUCUUACUUUAAAUCUCCAUGGUUCUUGCAGCAACCUUUUGGGUUCAUGUCGUUCUGGUCUUAGUGUUUCUAACUACAGCUUAGGCUCUGUUGGAAAUUCUACGAACAAUUUAAAUUCGAAAUCUAGUUGUAAUCUUAAUAUAACGACUUCGCAAAGUUCACAAACUACCAACACUGCAUCCGUCAAUACAACGCAAGUAGCCAAGCAGAGUCUAUUUCGAAGAAGAGGAUCCAAUCAGAGUCUAACUCUCACCAAUCUCACAGCCACAUCAUGUGGCAAUUUAAACUCUUUCGCCAGUCAAAAUUCCUUGAAUGUUGAAAGGGCGCAAUUAACUACACUACCGAGGCCCAUAGCCAAUGUAUCUUUAGGUGCGACUCCACGACGAGGUCUCUUGGAACGACGUGGUUCGAAUCAAAGCUUAACAUUAAACAUGAGUAGUUCUUUUGGUGGUAUUGGCAGUGAAAAGGGUAUAUUAGGCAACAGCAGCAUGAAUUUGGGCGAAGCAAAACCGGACGAAGAGGUCAAACUCAGCCAUCAAUCCUUAGCAUCAAACUGCUCCGUUCAUUCACACCAAAGACGAUUCUUCAGCAGUGAAAGUUUGAAUCGCAACAACACACAAUUUGCCGAUUUGAAUCAGGCUCACAAGAGAAAUGCCAAUCAAGUAUGCUUCGGUUCUGUAACCGACCUCAAGCCAAAUGACCGGGCUUCUUCUCGUCAGACUGCUGCUGGCAGUAGUAAAGCUCAUCCUGAGCAUUUCGAUUUUCAAGAAUCUUCCGUUUGCACUUGCACUGGCGUCCGAAACAUAAUGACAAAACCCUUAUCGCCCCAAACGACUAGUGAAGAGUUCAAGAUAUAUUUAGCCAAUAUUCAAAUGUUACAAAAUGCCUCGAAUGCUUUAAAUCAAAACGAUUUGAUCCGAUUAAAUUACAUCUUCGACAACAGCUAUGUUGCAAACUCCAAGAGCAUAGCAGAGCAAACUAUACCCAUAUUAAGCAUGCCCGCCGCCAACAAAGAAGCCGAAACCCCACCGGCUUUGGUAUCAAAUUCUGAGGAUUGUGAAAUCAUUGAAAGGUAUUUGCACGUUGUUAAGGAUGUAAUAGAAUCCCUUCAACUAGACGAAGAAGAACAAAAGCGAAUAUUUCGCAGUUUACAUAAGGAAUUUUGGGAUUUGCCUUUAAAUCAUCAAGAAAAACCCAUGGUUUUUGGUUCGCAAACUAAAAAUCGCUACAAAACUAUCUUGCCUAAUGAAAAUUCACGAGUUAUAUUGGAAAAGGAAUCAAAGCUGUUAAUGGAUCUGAUAAAAAAUUGCCCAGAUAUUGAUGAAGAUUCAUUAAGCGACAUGGCAAAACACAUUUUUACAUCUGACGAGGUGCCCUAUAUUAAUGCCAACUAUAUAAAAGGCCCCGAUUACACUUCCAAAUGUUACAUAGCCACCCAAGGCCCUUUGCCCAAUACGAUUUAUGAAUUUUGGCUCAUGAUUUACCAAAACACCAAAAAAUAUAUGCAAAUAUCCAAAGGCCCUGAGAGUCCCAGUUGUCGCCAGGGAAAAACUCUACAACAGUAUUAUCAGAAAAUUGUGAUGCUUACAAAUUUCAUGGAGAACAACAGACAAAAGUGCUCGGUUUAUUUCCCAGUUGAUUUGAACGAGAUAUUCAUCAGUACGCCCAGAGAUGAAGUUGUACAGCCCAGCGACAUGUUAACAGAUUUUUUGAAUACCAUACUAAAGUCCAGCAUCGACGAAGAUGCCAUCACGAUGCCAAAAGCAGACGACGGCUUGAGAGAAUCUUCUCAAAUGAUAACAAUGGAUACAAUUAAAGUGUGUGUGGAAGAGGAGCUUAAAAGCCAAAUACCAAAUAGUUCAAGUUUUUUUGUUAUCAAAAAUGUUGGUAUAGUGCGCAAAAAUGGCUUCUCCAUAAGGAAACUUAUAAUUUUGUAUUGCGCAAAUUACACUGAUUGCGGAAAUAAUUUGUUAAUUAAUAAAUUCCUCUGUUACCAUUAUUGGUAUCCUGACUGGCCGGAUCAUAGAUCACCGCGUGACAUUAAUACCUUGCUUGACAUUUCGCUGCAUGUCAUGAAUUUGGGUAAAUGUGAGGCAGAAUUUGAAGAAUUCAGUGAUGCCGCCUGUACCCCACCCUCCCAUAUCAAUGCCCAGGCAGUGGAGCUAUACCAACAGGACAUUUUUAAUGCUGUACAACCGCUGCCAGUGAUACAUUGUUCAGCUGGCAUUGGUCGGACAGGCUGCUUGACGGCAAUUCUGAAUGGCAUUCGCCAGGUGAGACAAUCUCUUGCUUACUCCUUGACAACAAUGGCGACAAAUGCAGCAAAACAAGCCACUGCUUCUCAAGCACUCAGUCCCGUUGACUUUCGUCUCCCCAAACAGUUUCUGGAAGAGGAUUCAACAUUGGCAAAUCCACUACCAACUGAUAUUGAUUGCAGUUUUACGCGAAACACACUACUUUACAUUCGCUACAUUUUGAAGACGGAACAGAUAUUAACGGAACGAGGUUCUGCCGUUGAUACUCCGACAAGCAGAGAGUGCUUAAACCCUUAUGUAAUUACAUCCUGGCAGCUGCCGUCAUUAGCUGAACUGCCCAAAAUGUCUAAUAUAUUCGUUGAUGUAUUAGGCAUCGUUUGUAAUUUACGAUUGCAACGUGGUGGCAUGGUACAAAACUCGGAACAAUACGAAUUAAUACAUCGGGCAAUAUGUUUAUAUCUAAAACGUACAUUUGCUUUGAAAAGGUUUUAAGCAAAAGUACACAAAACGACACGAAAAUAAAAACGCACAUUCAAUUCAGAAUUGAAACAUACAUUUUCAAAUUUCUUCAAAAGAUCACAACAAUUCAACGUUCAACUUAAAUAUCUCUAUCUCUCUCUAUUGCAAAACAAAAACUUCUUUCAGCAGAUCAGUUACAAAAUAUUUAAAUAAUAGUAGUAUGUACUACAUACAUCAUACAAAUAAUUACAUAUAGAUGUUUCUAGACAAAAAAAAAAAAAAAACAAACAAAAUAUUAAAUACAUAAUAAUAAUAAUAAGAAUUGUGAAUGUGAACAAAAGAAAAAAAAAACUGAAAACAUUUUCAAAUGAUUUUAUAGAUUAAGCGUAAAUGUAGAUUUUAUUAAAACAAAAAGAGAAACAUUUUGAAAAUUACAUACAAUGUACACUGUAUGUAAUUCGUAUGUAUGUAUUAUUAUGCAUUAGGUUACACAAUUAUGUACUAUAUUAUUUAUUUUUUCUGUUUAUUUCUAUUUAUUUUAUUAUUAUUUUUUUUUAUUUUCCGGUAAAUUAAGUGAUACAUAAUUCAAAAAUAUGAGAAAAUCUACAAUAUUUUUUCCGAAUCCAUGAUUUUUGCAAAUGCAUAAUACAUUUACAUAUUUUUGCAUUGGGAGCAAAACAAAAAUUAUCUGCAUCAUUUGGAACAAAAACUAUGAAAUUUUUAUUUUGUGUUUUUAUUAUUUGUACAAUUAGCUUUUAAUUAAAAAAAGAAGAAAAAUCAACUAGUCAAAUAAAUUAAUAAAAAGAAAACUAUACAUACUACAUAUACAUAGAUUAAAUAAAGAAAAAAUACUAAUUCAUUAAAUGUAACAAAAA